AUGAACGGUUUGGCCGCUGUCUCUUGGAAGUGGAAAUUGGCCGCCUUGCUCUGCGUUAUCUUCCUAUCCAUGGGAUCGAACUUCUGCGGCGCCUCCUUAGCCCCUUUGAAAUCAACCAUCAGGGCUGAAGUGCCAGGUGUGACGAACGCUAGGUACGGGGCUAUCUCGUCAUCGGCCAGUCUCAUCAAUGCGGUGCUGCCAAUCCUUUCUGGCAUCAUCAUCGACUACUACGGACCUACCUAUGCUUCCGUCAUUUGCUCCAUCUUCAUCCUCCUCGGGUCUAUUGUCGUGGGCGUGGGUGGGCAGAAGGCCUCUUUCGGCAUUCUGCUCGCAGGCGAGAUCAUCAUGGGCUUCGGAUCUACCUCCAUCGAGACUGCACAAUCCAAGCUCUACACUCACUGGUUCCGAGGCACCAAGGAUGGCAACGCGUCUAUGGCCCUCAUGGGCUUUGUCUUUGGUCUGGACAUCGCCAUGGGUCGAGUGUUCAAUCUCAUGGGAGGACAGACUGCGGUCCCUAUUGGCGAAAACACUGGCCGCUGGUACUUCUCGUUCUGGCUCGGAGCGAUCAUGACUGCCAUUACGCUGGUCAUCAACAUUCUCUACGUUUGCAUUGAGAAGGCUAUGCCAGCCACAGCUCAGGUUCCUACCGGCAGACAGGUUGCCCGUGCCCGUGAAGCUCGAGGCCUCAACCGCGAUGGCUCAGAAAGGAGUACCUCUGGUAAGAGUGACGCUGGCGUAGUCUCCUUCGUCCGCACUCGCCUCGUCUACCUCUCUCAGAGCUUCUGGACCAUUCCUGCUGGCUUCUGGCUCGUGGCUCUUUCUCAGCUAUUGCAAGCCGGUGCCAUCCUCGGCUACACUUCCAAUUCGGCGGACGCGAUUGAGAAGACUCGACAUACCACACGUCUGACUGCGGGCUAUACUUCGAGCCUUAGCCAGAUCAUGCCUAUUGUAUUGACACCUCUCGUCGGACUAGGCUUCGACCGCUUUGGAAGAAGAAUGCACGUCGUCGCGGCCAUCGCUGCUCUCUGGGUUGUCGUCUUUGCGCUUCUGGCUUACUCGUCGGUGCAUCCUCUGGUACCUGUCCUACUAGGUUCUUUCGCUCUAUCUGCCAACGCAAUUCCUUUCAUUGCCGCCAUACCCCUUCUGGUUCCAAAUCAAGCAUCAAUUGGAACGGCUUUUGGAAUUUGGAAGGCGUUCAACAGCGCGGGAUCCACCAUUGUCGACAUCAGCGUCGGUGCCAUUCAGGAUGGAACCCCCGAUGGAGGCUACUCGCGAGUUUUCGCUUUCCUCAUCGCACUCAAGGCGGUAGAUAUCCUCUUCGGAUGCUUUUACCACUACAUCGACCGUCGCUACCUGUCGUCUGUCCUCUUCCUCUCGGAACGAAAGAGGAUUGAGCAAGAGAGGCAGCAAGGGGAAGGCCAUGAGAAGCAAGGGCUCCUCGCCGCGAAGAAGUCUUGGACCAUCGCGGGUAUGACCAUCGGCUGCGCGCUCAUUUCGACUGCCUACGUGCUCUACAUUGUUUACUCCUACCAGGCUUAG